AAUCCAGCAUGUUCAGAAGCGAACAGCCUGGCGGCUAGCAGCCGGUGACGUCACUGCACGCAUGGCCCAGUGAUUUCCCGGACUUCAACUCCCGUGAUGCCUAUCGGCAGAGACUCAUUCAAGUUCCUCUUGUACCACGAUAACUAGGGACGAACCCGCAGCGCGGUGGUUGGCGGAAAUGUAGCAGCCCUUGUACACUGUCUGACUGACUAGUAUGUCAUGGACCAUGGCCAGGAUGAAAGGAAGGAGAGAGUCUUGGCACACGCCCUCAGGCUCCUGUGUCUUCUGACCGGGCAGGAUUGUGUCCUGCUGAAGAGGUUUGGAGACUCUGUCAAACACCUCCGUAAGUCCGGAGGAGGGAGCAGGACCCAGAGCCCCAUCACGGAUUCCCCACCUCACUCACUGACACAUGAGAGAGACAAAGAGCAGAAGAUCCUGGAACUCACCAACAAGAUCAUUCAGCUGCUGACUGGAGAGGUUCCUAUAAGGUGUCAGGAUGUCACUGUCUAUCUCUCCAUGGAGGAGUGGGAGUAUUUAGAGGGACACAGGGAUCUGUACAAGGACGUCUUGAUGGAGAAUCACAGUCUCCACAAUUCAGCGGGUGACUUUGAUAUCCAUAGCUUCAUUAAUACAGCCUCAGUGCAUGGGGCUGACCCACCGAUGGAGAAAUACGGGAAUCAUGUGACAGAGAUCAUCUUAAAUCUCACAGUGGAGAUGAUUGAGCUGCUGUCUAGAGAGAAAUAUUUACUAAUAAGGACACCUGGUGACAAUGUGACACCCGGCAGCCAUCCUUGUGUGUCUGGAGGACUGAGCAGGACCCAGAGCCCCAUCACGGAGCCUCCACCUCACUCACUGAUACAUGAGAGAGACAAUGAGCAGAAGAUUCUGGAACUCACCAACAAGAUCAUUCAGCUGCUGACUGGAGAGGUUCCUAUAAGGUGUCAGGAUGUCACUGUCUAUCUCUCCAUGGAGGAGUGGGAGUAUAUAGAGAAACACGAGGAUCUAUACAAGGACGUCAUAAGAAGCCACCAACUCCUAGUGACACGUGAUGGAGCUCCCUCUGCUAACACCUGCGACACAUUUCCUACCUUGAUCGAUGGUGGAAAUCCAGAUCAUUGUGAUAAUGAUACUAAACCACAAGGGGUUUUAAGUAAACCUCGGAAUAUAAGGAAAAAGCAAAAGAGCUUUGUGAAGGAAGAAUCUGUGCCUUGUGAGCAGGGAACUCGCGCGUCCUCACAUCCAGCCGACAGAUGUAAACAGGAACAGAGCACAGCCAUUCGUACAGAAGGAAAAACGGAUGUGAGGGAUAGUUUUACCAAAGCACAUAGUGUGCAACGCAAAGAGGAGGAGGAGCAAGAGCGUAACAUAAAAUGUGCCAAUGAGGAGGAAGAGCGUAACCUAAAAUGUGCCAGUGAGGAGGAAGAGAGUAACAUAAACUGUGCCAGUGAGUCAUUAGCUGCAGAUCCUUGUGUAUCGCAAGGUACAGGUAAGGUAUAUAAAUGCUCAAUGUGUCAGAAGUGUUUCUCCAGUAACGCGGAAUAUCUUAGACAUCGGAAAACUCACAAGGUGCUGAAGUUGACCUGCUCCGAUUGUGGAAACCCGUUCAGUUCCAUAGUAGGGUUUGAAGCUUCCACAUCCAAAACUGGCAGAGCAGCCUGUGGGAAAUGCCUGUCGCUACAGUCCCGCCUCACCAAAGAUGUUGACGCCAAGAAGAAUCGAUUCUCCUGCACAGAGUGUGGAAAGCAUUUCGCUUCGAAGUCCUCCUGCGACAGACAUGCGAAGCGUCACUCAAAGAUGAAGGUCUACACAUGUGAUGAGUGCGGCAAAGGCUUUAGUAAUGCCGCCAACCACCUGAUUCACAUGAGAGUGCACACUGGCGAGAAGCCCUACAAGUGCACCGAAUGUGGCAAGUGUUUUGCACAGAACACAAAUCUCAUCGCACAUUACAGGAUACACACAGGAGAAAAGCCCUUUGCUUGCUCGGAGUGUGAAAAGAGCUUUAGGUAUAACUCCCACCUAAUCGCACAUAAGAGAUAUCACACAGGGCAGCUGUUGUCGUGUUCCGAGUGCGGGAAGUGUUUUACGUAUAACUCGCAUCUUGUUAUACAUCGGAGAAUUCAUGCAGGACUGAAACCAUUUGCCUGCUCCGAGUGUGACAAACGCUUCCACAGGAAAUGUCAGCUGACCCAGCAUAUGAUGAGACAUACAGACGAGCCGCCGUUUCAGUGUAAGGAGUGUAAUAAGUGCUUAAGGAACUUCUCCGAUUUUACCAGACAUCAGAAGAUUCACACGGGUGAGAAGGCUUUCCAGUGUUCUGAGUGUGGAAAAUCUUUCACCCGCGCCACAGGGCUGGCUGAACAUCAGAUGAUACAUACCGGCGAGAAACCGUAUUCAUGCCCAGAGUGCGGAAAAUGUUUUAUCAAUUGUACUCUUCUAGGCAAGCACAGAAGGACCCAUAGCUGUAAGAAGUCCUAAGGUUUUUAGUAGACAUUUGUCACUUUGCAACAGAAUCUCUCAAAACUCUCCUGUAAAGUUUUUAUGUGUGUUAUGAAAAUACAAAUAAAAAUGUUUCAAAGAGUGUUGUCACAAUGA